CUCUUUUUCUUCAGCGAGGCGGCCGAGCUGGUUGGUGGCGGCGGUCGUGUGGGUUCGCGCCGGGCCGAGAGCGGGUUGGGGGCUGCGGGAGGCUGCAGGGGCCUGGGCGGCAGAAGAGGCGGCCCUGAGCUGGCUCAUGCGGGCCAGUCUCGGCAGUGUGGCUGGGCAGGGCUCGCGAGGCCACGGCUCGGAGCCCAGACCGGGGCCCAGGAGGCGAGCGCCGUUUUGGAGAGGAGCCUGCCUGCUCUGCCUGCCAGCGUGACCCCACGAGGCCUCGGGCGGGAAGAGGUCCUCGGGGCAGAUCCGAGUUAAUGAGAGAGGGGUAUUGAGCGUGUAGCGUUAACUCUGCCAGUCACUGCGUCAGUCGCUUUGGAAAUACUAAAUUUCUCGAGCUGAGUCUUCAUACCUGGCUCCAUUACUACGUCUGUAAGGAGGAGCUGGUGGUAGUGUCUGCUUUUUAGACUUUUCUUUAGACUAUUUGUAUUUUUUUCAGAUGGAGUCUUGCUCUGUCGCCUAAGCUGGAGUUCAGUGGUGCGGUCUCGGCUCACUGCAAUCUCCACCUCCCGGGCUCGAGCGAUUCUUCUGCCUCAGCCUCCCGAGUAGCUGGGAUUAUAGGCGCCUGCCACCACGCCCAGUUGAUUUGUGUAGUUUUAGUAGAGACGGAGUUUCACCAUAUUAGCCAGGCUCAUCUUGAACUCAAAUGAUCCGUCUGCCUCGGCCUUCCAAAGUGCUGGGAUUACAGACGCAAACAUGCAGAUCUUUGUGAAGACCCUCACGGGCAAAACCAUCACCCUUGAGGUCGAGCCCAGUGACACCAUUGAGAAUGUCAAAGCCAAAAUUCAAGACAAGGAGGGUAUCCCACCUGACCAGCAGCGUCUGAUAUUUGCUGGCAAACAGCUGGAGGAUGGCCGCACUCUCUCAGACUACAACAUCCAGAAAGAGUCCACCCUGCACCUGGUGUUGCGCCUGCGAGGUGGCAUUAUUGAGCCUUCUCUCCGCCAGCUUGCCCAGAAAUACAACUGCGACAAGAUGAUCUGCCGCAAGUGCUAUGCUCGCCUUCACCCUCGUGCUGUCAACUGCCGCAAGAAGAAGUGUGGUCACACCAACAACCUGCGUCCCAAGAAGAAGGUCAAAUAAGGUUGUUCUUUCCUUGAAGGGCAGCCUCCUGCCCAGGCCCCGUGGCCCUGGAGCCUCAAUAAAGUGUCCCUUUCAUUGACUGGAGCAGCAA